CAGCUUCAGGCUGCGAGCAGCGGGGAGCAGGCAGCCUGCCAGGAGGCUCUGGUACUAGAAGAUCCACAUCGCUGCUCCAGGCUGAGGAGCAGGAGGAGAAAACAUGGAACUGAUGUUUUAAGGUGGAAACAUUUCUUCUCCUCUGCUCACUGAGGAACGUCUUCAAGAAGCUGCACAGGUCCUGAUGUUUCUCUGUCGUUCCCUCAUGAGUGAACAGUGAGGACGUGAGGAGGAUCACACUGAGGAUCUGACAGACGUUCUUGUGAAUACAUUUCAAAGUUGAACAUACAUGUCCAAACUUGCAGUGACUCAUCAUUACCAGAAAGUAGAGUUCUUUGGAAGGGGAGUGUUGUGAGAGGAAGUAACGUGACUUCUUGUUUCUGUGUGAGAUCCACAGCAGCAGGUUCCCUGUGUCAGGCUUUUCUCUUUCUCUCAGGAAGUGGAUUCAAACGAAGACUCAGCUGGAUGAGCAGAUGUUUUCUGCUCUGUGAUGAAGUCUGAGUCUGUGACCAGGAGUAUCAUGAUCCCAUUCAUCCUGCUGUCGUUGUUCUGCCACAGCUCACAGGAUGGAAACACAGGAGAACACGUUGUUCUGCUUUGUGGACCGAAGAAUCUGACACUGAAGUCCUGGGACCAGACGAUCCAGGCGACGUGGGAAGACGACCCAUCAUGCUCUGCUGUGAAGGAGGAGCUGGUCUAUGAGCUGCUGGUUCUGGUCAGAGACCAGCAAGUCCAUCACGAUCUUGUGACCGUGACGCCCGAGCAGAUCGGACUCUCUCACCUCUGGACGUGGACGUCCCACAGGGCCUUAGAGUGCGAUUCCCCCUCGGUCCUCCUCAGUGUCCGAUACAGAAACUACACAAGCCCCAGGAGACAGGAAGGAACCCUCCCAGGAAUGACAAACUCCAGUGAUCCAGAGGUUUAUCCACGAGACCCAGUGUUCCAGGUCGGCAGCAGAGCCACCUUCUGCUGUGUUCUGCCAGCAGGAGGAACCUUCACCGACAUGUACCUGGUGGGUUAUAACCGCUCUGAGGGGAACAUCACAAAGAUCAACAACCAGACGUAUUCACUGAGCCUCGUCCUGAACCAGCCGUCCAGCCCCAGCGGCACCGACGUCAAAUGUGAAGCAACAAUCCACCAACAGCCAACCGACAAUGGAGUUACUGCUUUCAUCGGCUACCCUCCGGAUGACAGAGAGCUGCAGUGUGAAACCAGAGAUCUGGAAUCAGUGGAAUGUCAGUGGACGGUCGGACGGGACACACACCUGCCAACACAAUACCAGCUGGUUGGAAGUGCGUAUGAAUGUUUCCAGAGGACAUGCCGGGGUAAAGAGGACGUGUCCACUGGGGAGAGGAGCUGGAAGCUCAGAGCUCACAACGAGCUGGGGACGGUGGAGCUGACGGACUCAGCAGACCUGAUGACAAGAGUUCACAUGUUGGCUCCAGAGUCAGUGACAGGUUCCACUGUGAACCACAGAGACGCCCGUCUGAAGUGGAGCUGGAAGGUUCAAGGCUACAAAGACCUGAACCUCACGUGUGAGGUGAACCUCAGUCACGCUGGACCUCAGAAACCAAACUCUGGAGUCGGACUGGAUUCCACAGUUUUGAUGAACCUGAUUCCAAACUGGUCGUACAACGUGACAGUUCGAUGUCGAACAACACAACAUCCUUGGAAAUGGAGCAGCUGGAGCUCGACAUUCAACUUCCACACGAAGGGAGAUGUUCCAGACGCUCUGGACGUGUGGAUGAAGAUGAAGGACAAUGAGAUUUUAAUUAUCUGGAAAAUUCUGCUGGAGAAGCAGAGUCAUGGACACGUGUUGGACUACACAGUGACCUGGUCAAACAUCAGAGGGACAGAACAACACAACACAACCACAGUGACUCACAACCACGUCACACUCAGGCUGGACACAACCCAACAGUACGUUGUGAACGUUACAGCUCGGAAUGUAAACGGCAGCUCGUCCCCGUCGACCAUCAUCACCCCCUCCUCCUCCUCUGCUGGACUGAACCCGACCGGAGUGAGAGGCUCUCGGAUGGCGGGCGGCGGCGGCGGCUUCAAUGUGUCCUGGUCCUCCAGCCCGGCAGCGAGCUGCGGCUACAUCGUGGACUGGUGUCCGUCCUCGAGUCCCUCGACGGUGACGUGGAUCAAAGUGCCUCAGACCAACGUCUUCUUGAAAAACUUGAGAGAAGGACAGAGAUACUCGGUGUCCAUAUCCGCCUGCACCCGGGGAGCUGCACUGCUGCUGGAGACCAGAGAGGGCUACGUCCAGGAGCAGCGGAUACAAGGCGACCUCUUCAGAGCGUUGAGAUCCAAACAGACGGGUUCCGAGGUGGAGCUGUCCUGGGAUCAGAUACCUCUAACAGAGCAGACAGCUUUCAUCCAAGGCUACGUCCUGGAGUGGUCUGACAGGGACCAGCAGGACAACAACACGGCAGUCCACAAUGUGAGCACAGACGAGCCGACGUCCACCAGCCUCACGGCCUCGGACCUGAAGACCAGCUCGUACACGUUCACCGUGAAGGCUCGGACUGCGCUCGGGGAAUGUUGCUCCAAACAGUUGAUUGUCCACGUCAACUCAGGGACUGAUAACUGGAUCAGGACCGUGGUCAUUUCCCUGGCGGCUGUUUUCAGUGUCCUCACGCUCGUCAGUGUCGUCUGCUGCAGACAAUGGGCCUGCAUCAAACAGAAGGUGUACCCCCCCAUCCCGAGGCCCCUGCUGACGGACACGUGGCUCAGAUCAACAGGUGAACGCAGUCUUCACGUGGAUCAGGGUCCCAGUGAGGUGGACAUCAUGGACGCCCCCCAGCUGCUGCGUAAACCAGGAGCGCAGGUCAACCAGCCUCCACCGAACCUCCCCCCCCCCCUGAGGUCCCUCCCGGCCCCGGCAGGUUUACCCUCCUCGCCGUUCAGAGGCGCUUUUCAGAACCUGUCCUACGACCUGAUGAUGCAGACCGAGGACCAGCAGCCUCCGGAGGGUCACACCGCUGAAUACCCAGCUCCGACCCCCCCGCUCGACACGGCACAAGAGGAACCAGGGAGUCACAUGACAUGUGACUUGACUUACAUUUUAGUGCCACAGCCAGUGUUGUGCAAGUUCACACCUCUCAUGAACUAGUUCAUAGUUCAGUUCAUACAAGUAACAUGAAUAGUUCACGUCAUAGUUCACCAUUUAAAUUCUGAACUAGUUCAAAGUUCAGUUCAUUUCAUAGUUUGAAGGUGGAAAGUGAGAAUGAAAGACUUGUUAAAGAAAACCUUUUCCAUCACCUCCUCUUUACUCUCGGAGUCUUUAUCAGACAGUGUGUAGAAACCCCUCAGGUAAUAAUAAGGAGCAUCGGAUGAAGUUGUGAGUCUGCGUCUCUGCCCUCUCUCCAUCUGUAUAUGAGACCGAGAGCUGUUGUGUUGCAGGUAGGGCCUGCCCCUUUAAGGGAAGUUUGUAGUGCGUGACGUAGUGCACCAGGGCAUUGUGGGAAAAGACGCUAACAGUGUGUUUAUAACGAGAAGUGACGGAGCACCUAGAGGGGAGCGUUGCUCCUGAUGAAUAUCAGAGAAAUAAAGUGGCUUCAUCCCAAGUAAAGAAACAUGUCCUCCUCCUUCUUCACGGAGCGGUCCGGACGAGCCAUGAUAACCAGUGACAGGUGACCGGCUCCUGGUCCAGGAGACAUGGAGACUGGUUCAUCAUGACCAUCAUCCUCUGACCCCGGGGACGCACCGGAGGUAGAAGAGCUGUCUCCUCCUCCACCAUGUUAAAUACUUGGGCUGCUCGCACCGGCAGCGUAGAGCCGGGAAGAACCGGGAAGCGCCGCGACCACACACACGUCAUCUCCUGUGGGGGGGGUGGCGGCUACAGGCUUGCGUAGGUCAGUCACCUGUGAAGACCGGCAUCAUGUACCCCUGAACCAGCGCACAGAAAUGAAGAUGAUAAUGAAUAAAUUAAAUAGAAAAAAAUUAAAUAGAAAAUUAAAUAUAAAAAAAAUCCUGCCAAAUGUAGGAUUCGGUUUACUGCUAGCUUGAGGAUGGGAUAGAGCGGGGUUUGAACCCGGGUCCUGAUUGGAGGACGAACACUCUUCUGACUGGCCACACCUCCUGCUGCCUGCGACAUAGAGUUAGAAUCACCUCGACUGAUUGUCGAGGUGUCGUGUUGUGUCGUGUUCACUUGACUUAAUAAAGUUUCAUACAAAGAGAGAAGUUUCCUGUCGUCUACACGCGAGGACGCAACAACGUGAACGUGUUCACCGUUCAAAUUCAUUAGUUCUUCUUCCCCCGAGGAGAAUGAGAAUGAAAUGAUGUAAAAGACGAGUAUAAAAAGAUAAAUACUUUUAUUUAAACAGCACUUUUCAGAAGUGGUUUUCAACAGAAUUACAACAAUAAGAACUAGAAAAGAGGCAGAAAUAUGAUGCACUAUAUACUACUUUUCCACACAUUUUUUACACAAACACACACAUACAAACACACACGUACACUCAUACACACACACAGAUACCCAUACACAUACAAACACACAGAUACACAUACGAUACACACACAUACGACACACACACACACCCUCAUACACACACACACAGAUACCCAUACACAUACAAACACACAGAUACACAUACGACACACACAUACGACACACACACACAUCCUCAUAGACACACACACACUCUUAUACACACACACACACAGAUACCCAUACACAUACAAACACACAGAUACACUCAUACACACACUCACACCCUCAAACACACACACACACACACACACACACAUACACACACGCACACCCUCAUACACACACACACACUCUUAUACACACACACACACAGAUACCCAUACACAUACAAACACACAGAUACACAUACGAUACACACACAUACGAUACACACACACAUCCUCAUAGACACACACACACACUGAGUCAUCGCUAAUCGAGGGAAACAUGUUGGAGAAUCAAAAACAUGAUGUAUUAACUCACUGAGCAGUUUAUUAGGAACACCUCACUAACCUCAGUUCUUCAUCAUCUUCAUCAUCAUCAUCAGUCUGAUGACUUGAAUUUCAAGGCAGUUUUAUGUCAGAGCGCCACCUGGUGGACGAUAUGAGAGAGAGAGAGAGAGAGAGAGAGAGAGAGAGAGAGAGAG